GUUUUUUCAAGAUGUUCUUAGGGGCAAUGGAGAAGACAUUCUGUCUGGAACAUUAGAAGAUACUCAUAGCACUGUCAUGAAUCUUUCUGAGCAGGAAGAGAUGGCAAUAGACAACAAAUCUUUAAAAAAUGUGGAGAAUGAAGAAUGUGGACUGACAGAGGAAAUGAGUGACAGUAAAAUGGAGAAAAAAUAUGAGAUUUGUAAGAAUAAUCCAAAUAACUUUACAUCUUUGGCACAAGUAUGUGAUCUAACUACUACAAAUCCUUCUAUGAAUGAUUCAGAAGACUUUGAAAACUCUAGGCACUGGACGAACAAAGUAUUUCUUGUGGAAGGGAAUGAUGAGAAUCAACACGAAGUAGUUUGUUAUAUUAAAGCUCCUGCAAUUGUUCUGGAGAAUCUGAUGUGCAAGAUAGUCAAUGACACCAGUUCCUUGGUGGUGGAUGAUUCUGAGGAGCUGGUCAGCAAUGUCAUCAGUAUUGAAUGCUUUGACUGUGAAAAAACAAUUCCUUUCCCUAUCAACAUUGCGAUACCAUUUGCUUCAUACUUCAGAGGAAAUUAUCGGGACAUUUUGGUGAAAGUGACUGAUGUGAACUUUCAGUCAACUUAUUUGACUCCUAUUGCUCUGGAGGGAUACCAAGGAAACCAUAAGGGAAUCUUUGCAGAAGUGAAAAUUUACCAACUAGGUAUUUUUUCCGUACUGUCAUGCUUAAAGAAAGAAAUAUUUACCAUCCCAAAGGCUGGUCUCUCCCAAAAGCUGAGCAUGGAUCCUAGAAUCUCUUUCUAUUACCGUCCUGAAACAUUCAGUUCUCCAGCAGUCAUGCAUCUAAAGGUUCAGCCAAUUGAGCCAUCAGUAGUUUCCACAUUGAAAGCAAAACAUGAUAUAUACCAUUCAGUAGUGUCCAGUAGUGCACUGGUUUAUGUCCAGCAUCCUUCAGGCCAAGCAUUUAACAAGGCGGUUACUGUUACUCUGCCCUGUCCUCCAAAUCCAGAGAAAAAGAGACGAGGAGAUGAGGCAGAACAUGCAAGAGCCGUUAGUGCUACAGUCAAGAGUGUUACUACAAUGUACCAUCCUCGAGCUCUGACUGCCUCUCUGAGAAAGAAUGGGGAGAACCUCAGUGAAACUUUGAAAUUAUUAGGCCGCAGGAAAAAAGAUGAGGAAUGGAUUGUGUUUGAUGAUGUAAUUAUCCAGAAUGCACGGAAUGGACUUGUAUCAUUUGAAUUAAAUGAGCAUUUAGAAAGCUUUGUUGUCAUUCGCAUUUCUUUCCAUUUGGAAACCACAUGUCUUCUCCUCUUUGCUCAGGCUUUGGAAGAAGCCAUCUGUAGCACAAUGGCUAAUGUGGUACUGUAUCAGAACAGAGAAAAUCCAUACAAAAUAGUAGUUGUGCUAUCUGCAACAAAAGAAUUGUCCUGGGAACUUCAAAAUCUCCAUGAGGAGGGUUACUUUGGUCCCCCAGAACCAACAAAGCCAUUUCCACUAAGAGAAGGAGAGCAGAUUCAUUUUAGAUUUAGUGGUAAUAUAUUCGCUUCAGAGAAUGGAAAAGAUUUUGGAAAAACCUACAGGCUUAUUUUUCAUUCACAAAGAAAGCCCAGGUUGGAGCUCCAAAUCAAAGAAGUGGAUGAAUUUGGUAAUUACAGCUCACCUCAUUACAAAGGAACAGCAGUGUUUUACAAAAUUACCAGAGAGAGGAUAGCCAAGGAAUGGGAACAGGCCCUGCCAUAUGACUAUCAACACCAGUCUCCACUGUGCAAAUUAGCACUAACAUUACCAAAGCCAGAAAAGUCGAUCAAGCGGCCAAAAAGCACAAAAAGAAUAUCUUCUGAUUCAUCAGAGGCCCUAUGGGACAACUUGCUAUACUGGCUUGCAGAAGAGCUUGCAGAAGACAACACUCCACUGCUCGCUUUGCACUUACCUGUUCGGAGGAGUACACUUCAGCUUGUCAGGCUGAAGUGCCCGGAUAAUUUAACACACCAGAUCUACGAGCUUCUUUGCUGCUGGAACAAGUCCCUUCCAAGAUCAGCUAAUAAACAGCAGCUCCUGUCUCGCUAUUUGCGGAGGAGUGGCCGGAGGGAUCUCUCAGAGGAACUGUGCUUCAGGUGGGAAAACAAGCCCUUCCCUGGGCACAAUCCCUGACAACUAAUAGCCCCGUUCCUCCUUGUUUCCUGCAGAUCUGUGAGAAUAUUUCCAUGAUAUCUCUUGAUGGACUGUUUCUUUUAUUUGUAACUCUGCAACCUUUGCACUUGAGGCAAAUUUACAAGUAAUUUACUUGCUUGCUACAAGUGGACAUUUCGUCUAUGGAAAAGCAGCUGUACUGAAAACAUAUGUAUGAAGAACUAGAGGCUGGUUUGAAGAGUCUUCCAAG